AUGAGCUUUAUUCCACCUGGAUAUACGAACCCGGAUGGAUCCCCAAGUUCUGCAUGUGCCACAAUGACUCCUGGCCACCGCGUUGGUUCUAAGCCAUGUUCAUCGAAAUAUGUAAUUCAAUCUGACAAACUAGAAUACUAUAAAAAUGACACAGUUCGUAUUACUGUCAGUGGUUCAUCAAGUAGUGAUACUUUUAGAGGUAUUCUAUUGAUAGCAAAAACGAAAACAACUGAACAAAUUAUUGGUACUUGGUCAUCAAGCAACGCAAAUAUAAAAUCUCUUUCUUGUGGUGGAAUCUCAAAUACUGCUAUAACUCACAGUGGAAACAACGACAAAAACUCAAUCAAUGCACUCUGGUCUCCACCACCAAGUAUAUCGGAUCCAACAACUGUUAUUAAAGCAACAAUAGUUCAAACAUACAGUACCAUAUAUGUUAAUUGUUUCAAUAUUUCAUUAACUGCUAAAGAUAACAGCGUAACUACUAGUACAUCAAAAGCUACAACGGUGUCCAGCAUCACUGGCGUCACUUCUAAUACUGGCACUGCUGUUACUCCUGGUGUUGCUACGACUACGACUACUACUACUACUACACAAAGUAACAAUGUUGGAAUGAAUAUUACUUGGACCUACGCAAAUGGCAACACAAAUGUUAAAAUGAAAAUCAAUGAUUUAAAAGCAUCUGAAUGGUUUGCUUUAGGUCUUUCACUUGACGACAAAAUGGGUGAAGAUCAUAUUUUUGUUUGUAAACGCUUAGCUAAUGACACAAUUUUAGUUGAUCGUUUGAUUAAUCCAAAUGGUCAUGAUUAUCCAGUGUCAGCUAGUAGUAUGGGAAAUCCAGGUGGUCAAUUUAGUGUUACACUACUGAAACUUGAAAAUAGUACUGUAAAUUGUGAAUUUAUGUUAUCAAAUUUUACUAGUUCAAAACGCCGACGACGUGCUAUCUCUGCAUUAUCUCAAUCAACGACUUACCGUCCUCUUAUAGCUAUGGGAAGUUUAGAUAGUUCAAAUGGAUUGAAUCAACAUACAGUACGCGCCGCAUUAUCUGAUAGUAUUCAGCUGACUAUACCGGGAACUAUAACUUUUGGUAUAGAUUCAUUCGGGUCUAAAAACACAGGUUUAAUGAAAGCCCAUGGCAUUAUUAUGAUAUUUACAUGGAUAUUAUUUGUUUCAACUGCUAUUAUUUUGGCACUGUUUUUCAAAAAGUCAUGGCCAAAUCAAAAGAUAUUAGGAAAACAAAUUUGGUUUUCAGUUCAUCGUGCAUUAAUGAUGGCUACUAGUGUAUUAACAAUACUUGCCUUUAUUCUUAUUCUUGUUUAUUCAAACGGUGAAUGGGUACCACAAUAUAAAGGACGUUCAUUUGCUCAUUCAAUCAUCGGCAUAAUUACAAUAAGUUUUGCUGCUAUUCAACCAAUAAUUGCAUUCUUUCGUUGUAAACCUGAUGAUGAAUAUCGUUUUAUUUUUAACUAUGUGCAUGGUAUUGUUGGGUUUACAUCAUUCCUACUCUCAAUUGUAGCGAUUUUUAUUGCAAUGUUUUUGGACAGCUUCAAUUUCGAAAGCAAUAAAAAAUGGGGUGUUGUGGUAGCAUGGAUAUGUUGGGUAUUUAUUAUAUUUGUCAUAUUCUGCUUUAUAGAAUAUUAUUUUGAAACAUAUCUACCACUAAACGAUAAUUCAUAUACUUUCAAUAAGCAAAAUGGCAAUAUGGAUAUGAAAAUCGAAUCAACAUCAAUGAAACAUAAUACUAGCAAAGAUUUAAUUAAAGGAAUUUUUCUUUCCAUUCAUAUUAUUAUUGCUUUGGCAUUAUCAUUAAUAUUGGCUAUUUUCGUUGGAAAAUCAUAA